GCAUAGUUAUCCUAGCUGCGAACCGACGUUCCGUAUUUCUUUUUCAUGCCCGGUGCUAGCGACUAGAAAUAGCUCUAGUUCCACGAUACAAUAUAGAGCCGUUUCUCCAUCACAAUCGCUGGCUAUUAGCAUCAGCUUUCAAGUAAUGACAAUGUUCCCACGAUACUCCUCCUAGGAUGCGCUGUUACGCUGUUACGCUGUUGCACUGCUUACCGAUUGCAAUGAGGCUUGACCGUUGAAACCCGGUGGCCGGUAAUCUUCCGAGGUGUGCAGUGUUUGUCUUAUCGCGAUGAGAGGGAUCGAUGACGAAGGAGGCCACGAUGUUUCAGCACCUUCCUCUUCGAGAUGUCGACGACAUCUUAGCUCGUCCGAUCUUCAUUUGAUGAGUAACGAAUUAUGGGGAUUGCGUAUUGGUCGCCGUCUGGGGUGCAAGAUAAGGUAGGGAUGAGCUCGUAAGUUGAGUCUUUAUGCUAUGGACCUAGAAAGUGUAUGCAGGAACUCUACGUCGCGAGUUAUACAACCUUGAUUGUGCAUGGGAAAUGCAUCGGGUGCCUGCGAAAAAUCCCGCUCAAGAUUUAUCUCUGCGGUGAUUGAUAAACAGGGCGGUGGCUCUUGUUACUUCUUCUUCUUCUUCUUUCUGCUACUUUUUCUUCACCUCCCCUUCUCAUCGUCAAUCGAUACAUGUCACAUCAUCGCCAUGUAUUCCUCACUCCGGGUACCUAUCCUUCUCACGGCAGCAACGUCAGUUGCUGCUCAAUUCGUCAAGGCUCCUACAGAUCUGAUCAAUGCCACUGGAUACCUUGAUUUGCCCGUUCGAUACAAAGAAGUCCCAACGGGUAUAUGUGAAACGCAGGAAGGUGUUAAGAGUUACUCGGGAUAUGUGGAUGUCGAUGAGGAUCAACAUAUUUUUUGGUGGUUUUUCGAAACUCGUAACGGUAACGCUUCCGAGGCGCCAUUAACAGUAUGGAUCAACGGCGGACCGGGCUCUUCUUCCAUGAUUGGUCUUUUUGAGGAAAAUGGCCCGUGUUAUAUUGAUGCAGAGGGCAGUGUGAUCAAUAAUCCUUAUAGUUGGAAUAAUGUUAGCAAUAUGAUUUAUAUUGAUCAGCCUACCCAGGUCGGUUUCUCAUAUUCGAUUCCAGUCAAUGGAUAUAUUGAUCCUAGCUCGGGUCUCAUUGUCACUUUGCCAAAUGCGACUUGUCCGGACUAUGCACAGGGUUCGGAUUGUGGAACUUACAGUUAUGCAAAUCAAAGUCUUACGGUCAAUACUACCCAAGCUGGAGCUCCCAACUUCUGGAAAACGUUGCAAGGAUUCAUGGGUGCCUUCCCCGAAUACUCUCGAAAUGGAUUUCACUUUGCGACUGAGAGUUAUGGUGGACAUUAUGGUCCAAUCUAUAAUGAGUACAUUGAAACGCAAAACGCCAAGAAUAUCUCCGGUGCUCAUCAAAUCUCCCUCGAAUCAGUUCUUAUUGGAAAUGGUUGGUAUGAUCCAUUGAUCCAAUAUCAAGCUUACUACAACUUCACCGUCUACCCUGGUAACACAUACGACUAUUCUCCCUUCAACGAGAGUGUACAAGCACAAUUCUACAACAAUCUCUACGGUGCCGGAAACUGUGUCGAUCAAGUCAAAGACUGUGCAGCAAGAGGCAUCAAUGAGAUUUGUGAGGCUGCAGAUACUUUCUGUGCCGAUCUCGUAGAAAGUAUCUAUGACAUCUAUUUGGGAAGAGAUGAAUAUGACAUGAGAGAAUUGACACCUGAUCCUUUCCCAUAUGGUUACUACACAUCAUAUCUCAAUACACCAAAGGUCCAAGCUGCUAUUGGUGCUUUCCAGAAUUUUUCUACGUCUUCAAACGCAGUAGGAAAUGCUUUUGGCGCUACUGGUGAUGAUGAUCGAGAGUCUGGUACGAUUGAGGCGGUUAGAGCAUUGCUUAGCCAAGGAGUUUACGUUGCUAUGAUGGCUGGUGAUGCCGAUUACAACUGCAACUGGCUAGGUGGAGAAGCAGUCUCUGAAGAAGUAAACGCCACCAACUUCUCCCUCGCCGGCUACACCAAUAUAACCACCUCUGACUCUAUCGUCCACGGCCAAGUAAAACAAUCAGGUCUCUUCUCCUUCUCCCGCAUUUACGAAUCCGGUCACGAAGUUCCCUUCUACCAGCCUCUUGCCUCUCUUGAAAUCUUCGAAAGAGUUAUUGGAAGAAAGGAUAUUGAAAGUGGAUUGAUUAGCAUUGAUAGCAAUAAAACUUACUUGACGACGGGAACGCAAAAGAGUACGUACAGAGAAGGUAACGCAACGAUGCAAUUCGAGGUUUUGCCAUCAAACAGUACAUAUAACACCACUUUGAAUGGACCAAACCCGGUAAGUCUCGCGAAGACAGAAUUGAAGAGGUCACUGUUGGGGAGGGAUACUGGAAGUGGAGGUAUGCAGAAGAGAUUUAAGCCACAAAGUAAGAAGUCGAAGAGGACUUGGCAUUAGGUUGCAUGAGGAACAGAGCAGAGGGUAAAAUACAAUCCUGCUACGAGUUUAAGGUAUUUGAGCUUGGAGUGGCUAGACUAAAAGCAUGGAGGCGGUAUAUUCUCAAAAGUAGAUAAUGAUCAAAUGAGCAAAAUGAAUGGAAAUGAAUUUUUCAACUUUAAAUUUUUACUGCUAUUUUUCA